AUGUGGGAAGGAUAGAGUUAAUCUAUUUAGAAACACCCAGCAUCAAAAUGAAGAUCCCUUCUACACCUGGAUUAGUGAACUCCAAAUAUAUUCUUCAGUGUUUUGCUACAGGUAGCCCAAAACCAGCAAUUACUUGGAUAAAAGAUGAACGUGAAUUUGACCCUGAGAAUUUUGAAGAGAUACUUAAAAAUGGUACAUAUAAUGGUACAUACAAUGAACAGAUACUGAUUAUCCCUAAACUAACCCUCAAUCAUACUGGAAAAUAUGGAUGUAUAGCUGAAAAUGAAGCAGGGACUGAUGAAGCCACAAAGUUUAUAGAGGUUGGAGCCAUUCCGCAAUUUAUCAAAAAGAAA